AAAUGCCUUCCAAGAUCUCAUAAGAGCAUCAGGCACGAGCCUUGUAAAUAUUCUGCUCCUUGAAAAUUCCUGCAGGCCGCAUGCUUUUUUCUGUACUACUUAAAAAUGACGUCAUCGCGUUCCGGGUUCCGCCUCAUCGCGUUCCGCUCCCGCAUUUUCCGCGCACCUCCCCGCCCGCAUCUUCGCGCCGCACGUUCGCAUCUCUAGCGCCCGCACGUCCCCAUCGCUCGCUCGCCUGUCAUCGCCGCCUCCUUCCUUUCCACGCCGCCACCGAGAUCUCCAAGGUUGCCUGCCUCCUCUCCGCUCGCCCCACCGCCUCCAUUUUCACCCGCCGCCUCCUCACCACCGGUAUCCUCACACCCGCCACCUCUUCACUGGCCUCGCCAUCCUCUGUUGGCCCUGCCUCUGCUCAAGCUCCACCCCGUCGGCGCUGCCUCCGCACAGAUCCUCCCGUUCAGUGCGGCCUCCGCUCGGACUCCCCUUCAUCCCUCGUUUCUUCACGCCCAACGAAGAGUCAGGGAAGAGGCCAAGCCGAGCCCGGCCCCGCGCAGUGCCCGCUGUUCAGCGCCGUCGUCCUCACGAACGCGACGCGACUCCGCCUCGUUGCUCCUCCAUCUUGGGACACUCGCCGACUCCUCCACAGGUCCCCACAUCCGAAAUCUGCUAUCAUCAUUAAGUUCGCCUACCCGUUUUUUUUACGGUAACUGCUUGUUGGGAGCAUGGAAAUUGUUUUGUUUGGAGCUAGAAAUUGUAAGGUCGACCGGUUGGGAUUGUGUGGGAGCAUUUUUGAGGCUGUUGGUGUGUCUGGGGAGGAGGCUUUAGGUGUGAAGUGUGCUGGAAGUUGUCUACCUCUGUGGAUUCAGCAUUACAUUGGUUUUCUGCAAGAAAUUAGGGUUCGGAGAUACCAUCAAGCUUUUGUAAUUUCUGCGAAUUUGUGGUUUGAGCGUAGAGGGCCUACUUGGUUUGAUCAAUUUGGAUAUGGAGUAGGUAGUACUCAAAGUAAUGAGCUGCACAUAGCUAAAACUUUAUGGGUUGGUGCCCAAUGUUUUCCCUUAAUUUCAAAUGAUGGAGGUUUGCGAGCAAUUUGAUUGGUGAGCUAAGCAUAACUGUUAUUAAUUUCAGAUGAUGUAGUCUACCUUUUUUUAGUUUACUUCCUGUUGUAUUAGCUUAUCUGGAAACUAGUAGUAUUUAUCGUCACAACACAUUUACUCAGUUUGAUAGUAACGAGUUGCUAUAUUUACUUUUGAUGAGUUCUGCCGAAGUUGAAUGGUUGGAGAUACUGAAUAAUUCAGUAAAUUUUUUAUCCUUACGAAAUGUGCUUUAUGACAACCUUACCACCAACUCUCCAGCAGACAACCAGCCUUGAUAAUACUGAAGAGCUGCUUUGUGGUUUGGGUUGAACAUUAUUCCUAUCAUUUUUCUAUUAAUUUUGAUUUAUGGUUUCUUAACCGUGUUGUCUGAUGUUGGUUCUAACUUCCAUUGA